CGGGAGGCGGGGCGGCGUUGCCUGGCGACCGCGGGACGCGGGGACGCGGAGCCGGGGCCGCUACUGACGGCGACGCGCGGCGGCGGAGGAAAUGAAAGAACCAGGUGAUCAGGAUUCUUAUGGGGAGAGAUUAGAUAGAUCAAAGAGUCCUGGGAAGCGGUCUCUGAGCUCCUUGAAGUCUGCAUCAAGAUCUGCUGUGAGAGAGGGUAACAAAGCUUUAGAAGAUGCCACAGAUGAAACACUUACUGAAGGGGGAGGAGAAUCAUAUUUAGAGGAUGAUGAUUAUUCUAUGGAACAUUUGGAAGGAAGUUCAAGUUCAUUUCAAGAUGACUAUGUGGAAACCAUUAGAGAAUCUCAGUAUUUGGAAGCCCCUGCUUCAGCCUCAGAAGGGGCAGAGGAGGAAGUUAAGAAGAAAAUCUCGGAGAACUUCUUCUACGAUUAUAUGGAGCUUGUUUUGAUGCCUUUUGUGACUCCGGAUUCGAACAUACCACUGGAUCUCCUCACACUUGUUCAUUCCUUUGGUUAUGACUGCAAAAAGCGGGCCAAUCUACAACUUCUGGACAGCAAUACUGUGAUGUACAUAGCUGGGAACCAGCUGAUCCUUCUGAAUUUGAAAACCAAGGAACAGAUCUACCUGCGAAGUAGCAGUGGUAGAGGAAUUGGUGUCAUUGGGGUUCAUCCUGAUAAAACUUACUUCACUGUAGCUGAAAAAGGAGUUUUCCCAAAGAUUAUCAUCUAUGAAUAUCCUUCUUUGAGGCCCUACAGGAUCCUCCAAGAUGGGACUGAGCUGGCCUAUGCUUAUGUGGAUUUUAACUAUGAUGGUACCUUGCUAGCCUCUGUUGGCAGCAACCCCGAUCACACACUAAUCAUCUGGAAUUGGAAAGAAGAACAGCCCAUACUGAAGACAAAAGCUUUUUCCCAGGAAGUUUUUAAGGUUACCUUCAAUCCUGAAGAUGACGAGCAGCUUACUACAGCGGGAUCAGGCCACAUCAAGUUCUGGGAAAUAGCUCUAACAUUCACUGGUCUCAAGCUUCAGGGUUCAUUGGGUCGAUUUGGCAAAACAGCCACAACGGAUAUAGAGGGUUACAUGGAGCUCCCAGAUGGGAAAGUGCUCUCUGGGUCAGAGUGGGGCAACAUGCUGUUGUGGGAAGGCGGCCUCAUCAAAGUUGAGCUCUGUCGAGCUGCAAGGAAGUCUUGUCAUCAGGGUCCCAUUAACCAAAUAGUGCUGGAUGAGGGUGAAGUUAUCACCAUUGGGGCAGAUGGAUGUAUUAGGAUCUGGGAUUUUGAGACAGUAGACACUGCUGAUUCUAUUGAUGAGACUGGAUUGUUAGAGAUCGAGCCCAUUAAUGAGCUUCAAGUAGGCAAGAAUGUCAAACUCUUCUCUAUGAUAAAAAUGAAUGAAAUUGGAAGUAACUUUUGGUUGGCUCAGGAUGCCAGUGGAGCCAUAUGGAAGCUUGACCUUAGUUUUUCAAAUAUUACCCAAGAUCCAGAUUGCCUCUUCUCCUUCCAUUCUGGAGCCAUCGAAGCCUUGGCAGUCUCUCCCCUCACUUACCUUAUGGCCACUACUGCCUUGGAUUGCUCUGUUCGAAUCUAUGAUUUUGCCAGCAAAACUCCUUUGGCUCAGAUGAAAUUCAAACAAGGAGGUACUGCCCUUGCUUGGGUGCCCCGACUGGUAAGCUACAAUGGAGCACAGAUUAUCGUAGGAUUCGAAGAUGGCGUUGUUCGAGUUCUUGAGCUUUAUGAUCCAAAAAGGCUCACAGUUUUUGCAGGACGGAAGAAAGUAUCUGAUGCAGAUAUUAGUUUGAAGCAGGUUUUCAAACCCCAUACUGCUCGUGUCACUGCUUUAGCUUAUGAACGUGAUGGAGAAAUUCUAGCUACAGGGAGUGAAGAUCAAACUGUCUUCUUCUUUGAGGUAGAAAAGGAUUAUAAGCCCAUAGGGUAUAUUACUACUCCUGGACCUGUUUGCCAGUUAAUAUGGUCUCCAAACUCCCAUCCUGACAGUACUUUACUGAUUAUCUGUGAGAAUGGCUAUGUUCUUGAAACUCCAUAUCCAACCAUAAAAGAGGAAGAGGAAAAUCGUGAUGUUGUUUCCUAUGAAAUCAAAGACAUGUACAUAAAAUGUUUUCAUUUCUCAAGUGUCAAAUCUAAGACUCUGCGAUUUAUAGAAAUAGAAAAGAGAAAGAGACUAAAGGAGUUGAAGGAGAAGCAGAAGGAAGAAAGGAGGAAGCAGCUAGCAGCAGAGAUGGGAGGAAAUGGAGAAAAGGAAUUCCACGCAGAAGAGGAAGAGGUAGAGGCAGAGGAGCCAUUACCUGAAAUCUUUAUUCCAUCAACCCCCUGUCACAUCCUCUGUGGAUUUUACUCUGAGCCGGGGAAGUUCUGGGUUUCUUUGGGUGGCUAUGAUGCUGGUUUUCUAUAUCACUGUGAGUUCCCCCCAUAUGACAAAAAUAGUGCUAUCACAGAAAUGAAAAAUGAACCUUUUGAUUUUCGUCGUCUUGAAGAUACAGAGGAUAAUCCCAUCCAAGCUAUCACUUUCAGCAUUCAUCAAGAUCUAAUGUUCUGUGGAAUGCAAGAUGGAGCAAUUCGAGUCUAUAUCUUAAGUCAGAAUAAUCCUUCAUUGAUGAAUAUGGUGGACUACUGGCACUUCAAUAUUCAUGACAAUAAUUAUGGAUGUGUUAAAGGCAUCUCUACUAGUUUUGAUGACCGUUUCUUGGUGACUACUGGGGCAGAUAGUAAUAUCUUUGUUUUCACCAUUUUUUCUGAAUUUGAGCUGAAGAAAUCUAUCAAAGCCAAAGUGCCAUCUCCCAGGUUUGGAAUUGAAGCAGAGCCAAUUCCAGAAGAUAUUGAAGAUCCCAAAUCCUAUAGUAUUGAGAAUGCUAGAAGAAAAAGAGAACACGACAAGUUAAUGAAAGAAGUGGAAGAAAUAAAGGCUGGGAAGAGAGAAAAGCUCAAAGCUUUGAGAAAUGAAUUUUGGAAACUUCUAGAAAUGAAUCAAGAAUUACCAAAGCAUAUGCAGUUUAAGCGAACAGAUUUUGAUGUGGAUUCCAAAAUUCGUGCUGAGAUUGCCAGAAAAACAGCUUUUAAAAUUCAUCAAGUGGAAAAGGAAUUAGCUUGGGAAAAAGAGAAACAUGAACUUGGCCUCAUGAAGCUACAGAAUAGAUUUCGUGAGUCAUUGGAAAAUGAUAUUAUUGUGGUUCGUGCCAUACAAAGUGAUCACAAGAUAUCUUCCUAUAGACUUGUGAAGCCCUCUAAGUACUCCAAGUUCAAAAGAAUAAGUCUAACAGAGAGAAGAACAAGCAAAUUGGAGAGAUCUGAAAAAGAGGGAGCUGGAAGAAAGGAUAGCCAGAAAGAUACAGGUGGGAGCAUUAGUGUGCCAGAAGAAUCAAUUAUAGAGGAAGGGAAGAAAUUUCGGCCUAAAACCCUAAGUGAAAUUAUGGUGGAAAAUCAAAUUGAGAAAACAAGGAAACUUAUAUUAAAAGCUGAAAGGGCCCAGCUUAAGAUUCAGCAGCGAAAAAAAGAAUGGGAAGAACUGUACAAGAGUAAACCGCAGGAUGAUUUUGAAGAUCCCAGAGAUGUUCAGGCCAUCAAAGAGGCCCAGCUGUAUAUGGGAGACUUCAAUCUGAAGACAGCUCCAGACUAUAAGAUACCUGAGCACAUGAGAGUAAAUGCUGCCAAGAAGGAAGAGGAACUGGGGCACCUAGAUUCCAUGGCCCAUUCAAAGAAAAAGAACAUGAACAAAUGUAUUAUCUCUCUACGAGACCUUAAAGUGGCUGUCAUCGAGGAAAUACAGUGCCUGGUUCAAGAACUGAAGACCAUCCAGGCAACUCUUCACAUAUCCAAGCACAUUCCUAUUCCUGAAGUCCCACAGAUAUACCCAGAAGAAGUUCCAGAAAAGAGAUUUCAGUACGAUGAAGAAAUUCUCCUAAAUUUUAAGCAACAGCAGAUUCAGGAUGAAAAGUCCCACCAACUGGAACAGGGAGAGUCUGCAGGCUCAGCUGGAGGAUUCUUUAAACUCUCUUCUAGAAAGGAUGGUGAUUUGACAACAGAUUCAUUGUCUAAAUCAUCAAAGGCAUCAGCAUCCAGUGCAGACACUGCAAAGUUAUCAGAAUUUGAAAAAGUAGAUCCGAUUGAUGUAGAGCUGGAGAUUAUGAAAAGGGACGAGAUUAAACACUUAUACAUGCAACAGUAUUUAACCAACAGGAUCAAAGAACUGAUUGUCACUUUUGAUGCAGAACUCCGUCUCCUGAGGCAUCAAAAACUGAAACUAGAUACUCAGAUGAAAUUAUCUGACCUUCAUCAUGUCACAUUAUUUCAAGAAAUGCUUCUCCUCAAGAAUUUUGAGAAACAGGAGAACAUACUUCAAGAGCGUGUUAAUUCAUUAGACAAAGAAGAGCAGGAUAUGCAGUGGAAAAUAAGUGAAACUCUUAAGGAGAUGGAAGAGAAAAAAAAUGAAAUUGCCAAGUUCCAGGACCAAGAAAAAGCACUCUAUGCUGGUUUCCAAGCAGCCAUUGGAGAAAACAAUAAAUUUGCUAAUUUCCUCAUGAAGGUCCUAAAAAAGAGGAUUAAGCGGGUGAAGAAAAAAGAGGUUGAAGGAGAUGCUGAUGAAGAUGAAGAUAGCGAUGAAUCAAGUGAAGAAGAAUCCAGCUUAGAGAGUGGUGAAGAUGAGUCUGGAUCUGAUGAUGAAGUUUUUGAUGAUUCUAUUUGCCCAACAAAUUGUGAUGUGGGUCUUUUUGAAAUGGCCCUUCAACUUCGAGAGAAAAGGUUGGACAUUGAGGAGGCCUUAGUUGAAGAAAAGAAAAGUAUUGAUAACCUCAGAAAAGAACAUGAUGCAUUAUCCAAAAAAGUAAAAAUUGUGGCAACUAACCUAAAUGCAGCGGAGGAGGCCCUGGAGGCUUACCAACGAGAGAAGCAGCAGCGGCUGAAUGAACUGAUGAUUGUGAUUCCACUCAAGCUCCACCAGAUAGAGCAUGUGGUAUUUGGAGAAAUACCUAGUGAUCUUUCUGGAACCCUGGUCUUUUCUAACCAAUCCUUGAGCCGGCUGCAAGAACGAAUCACACAGCUCCAUGAGGAAAAUGCCAAGCAGCAAAAACUCAACAAAGAAUGCCGGGAGAGGCGUAAACAGCUUAUCCGAGAAAAGAGAGAGAUGGCAAAAACUAUAAGCAAAAUGGAAGAAACGGUCCGCCAACUAAUGAUCAGCAAGUUUGGCCGUGUGAUCGACCUAGAAGCCCUUCAGACACUUUCCGUGAAUACUACACUUGAAGAGCUAAAGAUCAGAAAGAUUCGAAAGGAGCUACUGAAUGCAAAGGAAAUGAAGAUGUGGGAGGAAAAGAUUGCUCAAGUGCGAUGGGAGUUGAUGAUGAAGACAAAGGAACACACCAAAAAGCUUCAUCAGAUGAAUGAUUUAUGCAUUGAAAAGAAGAAACUUGAUUCUCGACUGAAUACAUUACAGAACCAGCAGGGCAAUGCCUUCCAGGGCCCUCGGAAAGCAGAUAUUGUGGCAAAAGAGAAGGUCGCUGAACUGAUCCAACUCCAGGCAGAAAGGAUUUUGGCCUUAAAGGAAGAGAUUGCUCUCUUGCGUAAGAAAGGUGGUCUUAUCCUCCCGCCCAUUCAGCCUCCACAAGAGAAGGAGAUGAACCCCAUGGGUCUUUAAGUUUGCCUCUUGCUGAAAUCCAUCCAAGAUUAAUGACACAGAACUUACCGGAAGUUGUUUCCUUGCCACCUGCAGCAAUCCUAUUGUCUUAAACUUAUUUAAAAGUCUAAGACCAGAUCCAGUCAUACAGUUUUAAUAACUUUUCUCCAAUUUGAUCAUCUUAGAACAGACUCUAACACCCAACAUCUAUUUCCUCUUGAACUUAACCAUUUUAGGUUUGUUUGGAAUCCACUGGAUUGAGUAUGGAGCCUCAGAAGGCCGUAUCUCAAAACUGUAAGAAAGCAUCUGCAAUACAUCUUGUUUUAGGAAAUA